CGUCUUGCGCAAGUCGUGAUUGGCUCACCGUGUCAGGUUUCCUGCAUCGCGUCCGCGUGUUCCUUAUUGGCGGCGGACCUUUGUCCUCAAGAACUUCUGCCGACGACUCGACUUUUGCAGCAUCUUCGGAGCACGCCUACAACUCGUCAGAAGAGCAAGGGACUGCUCAUGCGAGGAAUGAUGAGCUCGGUGGCGACGCAGAAGGCCCUGUAAUGAGUUCACCGGAUACUGAGGAAACGGAUACUGCUGUUUUGGGCAUUUCACUGGGCGUGGGAGAAGAGCCACGAAGUAUCUUCGCGCGCAUUGGUGGUAUAUUGUGGC